AUGGCUUGCGAGGCUCGGGGAUCCAGGGCGGUCUUCGUCGAUCCAAGAUUCUCAGCGGGCAAGGAAGGGAUUCCACGAAGAUUUCGAGUGGAAUGGAGCUCUCUGCAGCGGAAUGGGAGAAGAGGAUCGCAUUUGCGAUCCUCUUUUUCCUUGGCGCAGCGUCGCACGGCACUGAAUGAUAGGUUUAGCUCUGUGGCGAGGCGAUUUGAGCCCGCAUUGUCGAAAAUCCUGCGUCGGAUCGAGGGAUCGCGCCGUGUGGAUGAGCUUUCCGUGAGGUACGAUCCAGAUGCCAUUUCUUCGUAUUUCCAAGCACGGCCAUUUAGAGUGAUUGCGAGAGUUUUAGCUGUAGCGUCCGAGUGCUCCUUGUUUAUCUUAAGCAUUGUGCUUGACAAGACUUUAGAUAAGUCGAGAGAGAACGAGAGGCGUCGCGCUGCCGAAUUCUUGCUGCUCAUCACUAAGCUCGGGCCGACUGCUAUCAAGAUUGGCCAAGCUUUGAGCAUUCGACCCGACAUGGUAUCCACUGCUUACUUGGAGCAGCUCCAAAAGCUUCAAGACAAAGUGUCUCCAUUCUCGAACGAGUUGGCUACGCGAAUGAUCGAAAAGAAUAUUGGAAACGAUGUUUUCUACGACAUCUCAUCGGAGCCAAUUGCUGCGGGCUCUUUGGGCCAGGUGUAUAAAGCUCGACUGAAAAGUAAUGGCGACGUCGUUGCUGUCAAAGUACAGAGGCCCGGAGUGCUCCAAGUCAUAGCUUGCGAUCUUUUUAUUUUGCGACUAGUCGCAGGCACUUUACAGCGCAUGUUAAAGUCUCACACGGACUUUGUCGAUCUUCUGGACACAUGGGCUUUGCGGUUUUUUGACGAGCUUGACUAUUUCAAAGAGGCCAAUAAUGCGCAAAGAUUUAUAAAGAGUAUGUCUCCAGUUCCGAUGGUUGUGAUCCCCAAAGUUUAUAUGGAGUAUACAUCUGGUCAGGUUCUCACGACAAAAUGGAUUGAUGGAGAGAAGUUAUCGGAAAUCAGAGAAGCGAAUGCAUUGUCUCUGGUAAAUACUGCUCUGACUUGCUAUUUGUUUCAACUUCUCGAGAGUGGUUUCCUUCAUGCGGAUCCUCAUCCCGGAAACCUUCUGCGGACCGAGGAUGGACGCCUUUGUAUCUUAGACUAUGGAUUAAUGACAGAGGUUACAGAAGAACGGCAGUUAGCAAUGAUUGAAUACCUGGCACAUGUAGGAAACUCCGAUUACGUUGGUGUAGCCGAAGAUCUUGUGAAGCUGGGUUUCUUGCCAGAUCAAACUGAUCCUAGAAUGACUACUACAAUAGUACCAGAAGUUACUCAAAUUUUUACGGAGCUACUCCGUGGUGGCGGCGCACGAAAGGUUAACAUGCAAGAGAUAUCCAAUGGCAUCGCAAAAAUCUCCAAAGAUUAUCCUUUAGUUGUUCCAUCGUACUUUUCACUGAUCAUUCGCGCAUUCUCGCUGUUGGAAGGGAUUGGCCUUGAAUUUGAUCCAGACUACACUAUCACAAAGGAGUGUUAUCCAUAUGUCGCGAAGCGUCUAGUCACCGAUGACAGCUCUCGAAUGCGAAAAGUUCUCAAGUACUUUUUGUACUCCGAGAACAAUCAGCUCAAUGUGACAAGACUGGAGUAUAUAUUUACCAGCUUUCAGGACUUUCAGAAGCUCAUGUCUCUUGAGCAACACAGCAAUGAUUUUCCAGACGAUUUUGCCAAGCAAUCAGUGUCUCUGCUACUUGAUCCUAAAGGAAGCUUUAUUCAAGAGCUUGCGCUGGCUGAGUUCGUGCGUUUGGUUGAUGCCUUGUCUCGAACUGCUCAUCUCCAAGUUUGGCAGUUUUUCUCUUCUGUUUUAGGACUUCCUAUUCCAGGUUUCAUUAUUGGUGCCAUACACUUGUCUCAAGAAGAUAAAAAGUCUAUAGAGACACUUCAGCGACUGUGGCCUUGGCUGCAACCUUACUUGUUCUCGGACAAAUCUGGUGCAGCAUUGGUCGAUCUUGCUCGUCAAAUCAUUGGCGUGGCACCAGACAUGUAUCGCCACAGCUUUAUUCUGUCUCAGAAGUUCGUUAUCAUGCUUCUACAAAGGCAGGCUCUCCGCUACGCUGACGAACUUACAGGGAAAAGCCUUGGAGUGGCCGAGUGGGACAAGGAUCCUGCAGCAUUGGUUCGCAAGCUUCCAUGGACAUAAAUCUGUCUAAGAGGCACCACAUUAUGGCGAUUAACAGUUUGUGCCGACAUCUGGCUCUUCCGGAGUUAGAAGCUCGGUCCUUAGUUAACACUCUCAGCAAAUUGGAUGCAGACUGCUAAACAAAGUUCGUCUAGCCGGGAAGAUAUGUGUAACAAGAGUUCGACGGCACGCUUCCGGCUUUCACAACGAAUCAGUUUAUUCCAGACAGACGGUGACGGCGCAGAUGCGACUUAUUGGAGCAAAUGACACCUUCUCUCGACAAUCCAUGCGCAAAGGCAGGACUUGUUGGGAACGCAACUACGCGGCUAAUGUAGACGUUCAUUUUCAGGCUCGAGAGCGAAAAACUGGAAUUUUGUCUGCACGGUACCUUCCCAAGGUUUUGUCGAAGUUGAAGUUGACGUGGUAUAGCUUUGCUAUGAGUUCGACUUCAGGACGCAGCGAACAACUGUGACUUAGUCCGGCAACUCUUUACAUUCGUGACUUGAGUUUCCAGGACUUUCAAAGGAAUGGUCUGUGAUCUUGUGAUUCCGUCACAACGCUGUCGCAUUAUCCAGUAUUAUCUACCCAGCGGGAGGGCUUCACUUAGAUCCGGUCAGCGAAACGAGGUUCUUUUCGUUUUAGGAGAGCUCUGUGACGCAGCCAAAGCUUGAAUGGUCGUCUUUGGUCGGCCUGUUGGUGUCACAGCUCCCUCGGGCAGCUGACAUAGACCCGAGCCGCCCGCUCCGCUCCUCUCGCAGCUCCAAGUUCUCCGCUCAUGACAGGUUGACAAAUGGAGUGGAAUGUCAACCCCCUAGAUUCCACAGGGCUUCCAGCAAAGCAAGCCAGCAAGAUUCAUGUGAUUCCAGUCAAAGCUGCCUCUGCCGGACUUCAAUCCUCACAUGCGGGCAGCGUGGCAUAAAAAACGUAGAAAUAUACGGCGCGAUGGAUUCAUUCAACCGAAUAGAAACCGAUUUUGUUGACCUUGCCCGUGAAAUCCACUGAAACAAGAAAGAGAGCAAGAAGAAAAAAAAAAA